AUGUCUAGGUGCGAGAAGAAGAAACAACUUUUUUCAAAGGCUGAAAAGCUUGAGAAAGAUUUAAAUAACCUUGAAAAGCAAAGAAUAUCAGCCCAGGAAAAUGCUAAGCAUAAUGAUAAGCUCAUUGCUGAAAAACUUGCUAGUGAAGUGGAAGGCCUAGCCGAGUUAGGUGAUAUAGAUGACGAUCCUUAUUUGCUGGAAGAUGCAGAAUACAUUAAAAAGGCUUCUGACUGGAAGAAUAAGCAGAGGGUUUUGUUAUUUUGCAGCAGAGGUGUUACUAGUAUUGCUAGGCAUUUGCUCAGUGAUUUAAAGAUCCUAAUUCCUCAUCAUGUCUCUGAGCAUAAAUGGGAAAAGCGUGAUGGAUACUAUGGAAUUAAUGAACUAUGUGAACUAAACAAUUGUAACAAUGUACUCUACAUUGAAUCAAGAAAGGUUGACUUGUAUCUUUGGUUAGCAAAAUCUCCUAAUGGACCUACAAUUAAGUUCCAUCUACUUAAUAUACAUACUUUGGGUGAAAUGCAUUUCUCAGGAAAUUCAAUAUUAUAUUCGAGGCCAUUGAUUAUAUUUGAUAAAAAUUUCACUAGUGAUGUUACUUUGAGAUUGUUUCGCGAAGUGCUUUUACAUGUUUUUGGUACUCCAAGGAAUCACCCAAAAAGUAAACCAUUUUUCGACCAUUGCAUCGCAUUUUACUACCUCGAUAAUCGUAUUUUCAUGAGACAUUAUCAGAUAUCUCCUAGUAGUGAAAUUGAUGCUAAUAAACCUAACAAACAAAUACUGACAGAAAUAGGACCUCGAUUUGUUCUAGAACCCAUUAGUAUCCUUUCAGGUUCAUUUUCUGGAUCUCUAUUGUGGAGUUCAUCAACAUAUGUUUCACCAAACAAAAUCCGCGCUAUGAUGAAAAAGAAACAUGCCAAUAAGUAUCUGUCGCGUAAUUUGAUGGAAUCCACCACGAAGAUGCGGAAGGAAUUGAUUGACAAUUCUGUUCCAGAAGAUGAAACAUCAUUUAAUAAUGUGUUCACUGUGCAGUAG